AUGGCCGGAACCAAGUUUCAGUAUGAUGAAAGUGGCACCACUUUCUACUACUUUGUGCUAACAUUCAUGGCACUAGUGGUCAUUCCAGUCACCUAUUUUUACUGGCCGCGCAAAGAAAAACACGAAGAAGUGGAGACCACUAGUAAGAAAAAGAAAUGCCAUUGUGAUGCUUGCGCCAUGAAGCAGAAUUACAUGAAAUCAAAAGAACCUACACAACAAGUGAAACAACGGUUUAUUAAAAUCGGCAUCAUUAUUUCCUGGAUAUUCCUGCUGGCAUUCGCCUACAAGGUGGCCCACAUUCAGCCGGAUUACGUCACAUUUGACCCGUUUGAAAUUCUGGGCAUUGACGCCGGUGCUUCAAAGGCGGAAAUCAAGAAGGCCUACCACAAACUGUCGCUCGUCUACCACCCGGACAAGGAGACGGGCAAUGAAAAACGUUUCAUGAAGAUCUCCAAAGCCUACGCCGCCCUGACGGACGAAGCUUCGCGGAAGAACUGGGAAGAGUACGGAAAUCCGGACGGUCCGGGGGCGAUGUCCUUCGGCAUUGCCCUGCCCUCGUGGAUCGUCGAGAAGGAGAACUCGAUGAUCGUGCUGAUGGUGUACGUGCUGCUGCUGAUGAUCGCCAUGCCCAUCGGCGUGCGCAUCUGGUGGGCGAACUCCUCCAAGUACGGCGGCGGCUUCAAGGUCCUGCUCGACACGUCGCAGCUCUUCUACUUCUACAUCCACAAGACGCAGACGAUGAACAUGCACCGCGUGCUGAAGGUGAUCAGCGGCGCCUUUGAGUUCAACAAGGAGCACAACGGCGAAAUUGUGGAGCGGCCCUCCGACAACAAGGACAUCCCCAAGCUGAUCAAGGAGAUCCCCGCCACGCCGCAGGUGCAGCUGAUGCCUGACCAGCGCGACCCGCCCCUCUGCUUCCCCUACAGCAUCAAGGCGCGGUCGCUGCUGUACGCCCACCUCCACCGCCUGCCCCUGCCGCAGACGACGCUGGACGUGGACAAGAAGUACAUCCUCGCAAAGUGUCCCUACCUCAUUCAGGAGUUCGUGCAGUGCGCCGCCCAGCUGACGCUGCUCGCCAUCACGCGGCGCAUUCAGCGGUCGCCCAGUCUGGAGACGAUUGAGAACUCCAUGAAGCUGAAUGCGCUGCUCGUCCAGGCGUUGCCCGUCAACAAGAACCCGCUGCUGCAGCUGCCGCACGUCAACGAGGAGAUGCUGCGGCACUUUAGCAAUCGCAAGCGGAACAUCCGCAACAUGACGCAAGUGGCCCAGCUGGAGGACUCCGAGCGGCGGAACAUGCUCCGGCAGCUGAGUGACGAGCAGUACGAGGACAUUGUCGAGUUCCUCGGCCACCUCCCUCUCCUCGAGGUGGACGUCCGCUCGGAGGUGCUGGACGACGAGGACGGCGGGAAGAUCACCGCCGGGGCGCUGGUCACCGUUACCGUCACCCUCACGCGGAAGGACAUGUCGGCGGUCUUCAACAAGAGUGAUUCCCCAGCGGUGGACGGCAGCGGCGGCGGAAAUGCUGCUGUUGAUGAUGAUGACGAGGAUGAGGACGCCAACCAGGUGCAGAACAGCAACAACAAGCCAGCAGCAACUAAGCAGACCAAGGCAGUGUGGAGCAAGUCGAGCAAUGCCAAGAGCAAGAAGAAUAAGGGCAAGAAGAACAAACCGCCGCCGAAUCGAGGUCGUCAGAAUCAGAACAGACCUGGUCAGAGUGCUGCUCCUGCUCCCACGAUUUCGGCGUCUUCUUCCACUGCGGUGACCAAAUCGUCGCACUCUGAACACGGCGAUGAGUCCAAUGACGAGGCAGAUGCGCACGGCUCGGGCAAUGAAUCAAGUGAGGUCGACUCGGAGGAGGAGAUUGAGGGCGCCAUCACCGAAAACGGCGGCGUCGGCCACCUGAACGCCGGCGACGACGACGACGAGAACGACUGGGAUGAUGACAUCAAGCCGGACGUGCCGAAGAAGGACGUCUUCCAGGUGAUGUCCAAGAUUUCGCACAGCGUCCACUGCCCGUACUUUCCCGAGGACAAACAGGAGCACUGGUGGAUCUACAUCACCGAGCGGAAGAAGACGCUCAGUCUGAUCACCGUGCCCUACUUCAUGACCAAUCUGGUGGAGAAGGAGGACGUCGAGCUGAAGUUCACCGCGCCGAUGAAGCCCGGCUCGUACCAGUACACGGUCAAUGUGAGAUGUGAUUCCUAUGUCGAUAUGGACUAUGACAAGCAAAUUAAGAUUGACGUUAAAGAAGCGCCCAAAGAAAUUGAAACGCACCCUCAGUGGGAAAUUUCCGAGGAUGAAGAGGACCAGGAUCAGGAUGAUGACAGUGCUGUCAGUGAUUCGGAUCUGGUAGAGAGCGACAAUGAUGAUGAUGACUCUGAUGAGGCGGAAGAUGAUGAGGAGGAAAAGUAA